CCUGGUCCAGCUUUUAGCCUCCGUUAGGUCCCCCUUGCGGCGUCGCAGCGGCCACCAAAAACCCUGCGGCCCGUUCAACAAGAUACAAUUUCGAAUUUUUGGUGCAGCCCAGUAAAUACGGAGGAAGGCCUCCUUGUGACCCCGUCGUCGUGUUCUCUCCCUCUUCCUCGCUGUUGUUGUCUAGUACAGUACACAAGGUCUGCCUGAGCGGGACUAUUUCUUUCGUUCUUCUGCUCAUCCUGCAUCUUGCAACUGGCGUUCCAAAAAAUCUACCUUCUUAGUCCGGUUGCGCCUCCACCUCAGAUCACCGCUUCGUUGACCACCGUCGACACUAAAUCUCCCCCACUUCACCGCCUCCUCGACUGCGAUAAAAGUACGUGUCGUGCGCAUUCAACGACUCGCCUCAAUUACAGAGGUGCAUUGAGAUAAAGUCUUUCCUACCAUUUGUGAACGCAUUUCAAACAUGGCCACGCGACCUCAGAACAUUGGCAUUAAAGCCAUCGAAAUUUACUUUCCCAACCAGUGCGUUGAUCAAGCCGAGUUGGAAAAGUUCGAUGGCGUCGCCGCGGGCAAAUACACAAUCGGCCUUGGCCAGACCAAAAUGGCCUUCUGUGAUGACCGAGAAGACAUUUACUCGCUCGCCCUAACCACCCUGACUCAGUUGAUCUCGAAAUACUCCAUCGACCUGAAAAACAUUGGCAGACUGGAAGUUGGCACUGAGACCAUGCUGGACAAGAGUAAGAGUGUGAAGUCGGUCUUGAUGCAGUUAUUCGAGAAGUCCGGCAAUUUCAACGUGGAGGGCGUGGACUCCUACAAUGCUUGCUAUGGUGGCACAAAUGCGGUUUUCAAUACUUUGAACUGGAUCGAGUCGUCCGCCUGGGACGGACGGGACGCCAUCGUCGUCGCAGGCGAUAUUGCUCUCUACAAGAAAGGCAAUGCUCGUCCCACGGGCGGCGCUGGGUGUGUUGCCAUGCUCAUUGGCCCUGACGCCCCCAUUGCCUUUGAACCAGGACUACGAGGAUCAUACAUCACCCACGCUUACGAUUUCUACAAGCCUGACCUGACCAGCGAAUAUCCUUAUGUGGACGGUCACUUUUCUUUGAGAUGUUAUACCGAGGCCGUUGAUGCCUGUUACAAGACAUACAAUGCUCGAGAGAAAACAUUGCAAGCCCAAGCAAACGGAGCAACCACCAACGGUCAUGCAAAUGGAAACGGUGUCCAUCGAGAAGCGGAUGAGAGAGCUCCUCUGGAUAGGUUCGACUACAUGGCUUUCCAUGCGCCAACAUGCAAGUUGGUGUCAAAGUCGUACGCCCGUCUUCUAUACAAUGACUUCCUUGAGGACCCCAGCCACCCACUCUUCAAAGAGGUCGCACCCGAACUUCGCGAUAUCGACUAUCAGGCAUCCCUCACUGAUAAAAACAUCGAGAAGACCUUCAUGGCCCUGACCAAGAAGCGAUUCGCUGAACGAGUGCAACCUUCCUUGCAGGUUGCCACCAUGUGCGGAAAUAUGUACUGCGGCAGCGUGUACGGCGGUCUUGUAGGCCUGAUCAGCAAUGUCCCUUCUCAGACCCUGCAGGGCAAACGGAUUGGCGUCUUCAGCUACGGUAGUGGUCUGGCCAGUUCCAUGUUCAGCUUGAGAGUGGUUGGUGACACCACUGAAAUGGUCGAGAAGCUCAAUCUGCAGCAAAGACUAGAUAGCCGCCGAGUUGUGCCUCCGGAGACAUAUGACGACAUGUGCUUGUUGCGAGAGAAGGCACACCUGAAGAAGGACUUCAAGCCGGUGGGAAAUGUGGACACCCUUUUGCCGGGGACGUACUACCUGACCGAGGUUGACGACAUGUUCCGGAGAAAGUACGAGGUCAAGGCUUGAUCGCGUGGUUCGACACAGCAUGGUUGUGUCAUUCUUGCAACAGCUGUCUUAGUUCCGGAGCUGGCGUUAAAUGGGGAUUGGUGGGUGGUCUGGAAGGAAUUCUGAUAGAGACAGCAGGGCAGAGGAACUAAUGGUCAUUGGAUCUGGGAAGCUGAAUGCGACUUAGACUUCGCAGGAGCAGUACACAGCAGCAUAAUCCGUGGUCUGCUUAGGCUUUGGCCUCUGAAAAAUACCCAUGGUUGAUCAGCACAACAAUUGAAUAAAUGGUAGAUAUGCAUUGCGGGAGGUUGUUGGGAUCCAGAAACCAACGCCUCCUUCUAGAGUCUUAAGCAACGAUUGCUGCAUCAACUAUGCAACUACUGCAUUGUGCAUUGUCGCUCAGGUCGAGGUUGGGCCAUUGAGCGACCUGUUCCAGGCUGGAGGGCAGCUAGAUGAAACGC